AUGUUUAGACAGGAAUUAGAUUGCCAGAGGAAUGAAGAUGACAAAAUGGAGUUUAUUUGUGAACUUCUAAACCCAUUAAUAGGUUUGCCACAGAAUAAUCAAUAUUUUUUAUCUGGUAUAUUUUCUGGAUUUUGGGGUCAAUUAUUCGAAGGUGAAGAUAAUAAAUAUAUUAAUAAAAUAGAAUUUGAAAAAUUUUUUAGAGGUUUAUAUCAAGAUUUGGAAAGAAUUGUAAAUGAAAAAGCAAGUGAAAAAUUAAUUUCAUUUUGUAUAGAUAAAUUACAGGGUAUACAUUCAAUAGGAAAUCAUUACUGUGAUUUAUUAAAGAUUUGGGAAAUAAGAUAUGGUGGGGGUAUCAUGGACUCAAGAUCAAUAUUAUCAAAUACAUCAUGUAAAACCCCCGAGUAUGAUAGCUAUUCAAGUUUAAAUAAUGAUGAACUAAAAAGCAGCAUUAGAAACUAUUUUAAUAAACUUUCGAAGGGGCUUGAGGAAUGUAUUGCUUUUUUCUCAAAUAAAGAAUACUCUAUGCAUUCGUCAAAACUAUUGGUUGUGGUGAUGGCAAUUUAUUGCUCUCUGACUCUAGAUUGUAUUCAUAAUUCAAAUUCAUGGGAUUUAUAUUCAGAAAAUAGAUUAGAUAAAAAAUUUAAUCCAAUGGUUUAUGCUUUAAGAGAUAAAAUUAAAGAGUUUCAGUGGUCUCUUGGAUACUCUUUAACCCAGUUUACAAAAGAAAGUUAUUCAAAAUUAAAAGAUCUCAACUAUACACUUAAAGCUGCAGCAAACAUCAACGAGUUAAACAUUAACCUUUAUGAAUAUCCAACCAAAACCGUCGGUGCAAAUAAAGUCAACAGCGAAAACAUUGUAAUUGCUGAUGAUAAUAAGGACCAUUACAAAAUUUUUAAAAUUCAACCUAAUACACUAGAAAUGGCUUUUAAUGGUGCUUACUCUUCAGAUCAUCAAACAACUCAAAAUAACAGAAGCUUUUACAAUAAAAGUGAUAGUAAUAAUACAAAUGGCAACAUUGAAAUUUCAAGAUUAAAUGAUAAACCAUUGUUAAAAGGAAUAUUCAAAUUAAAAGACGAAAAACAAUUUAACAGCUGUAUUGUUUCAGUUCACUUUUCAAACUAUUAUACUUCAUCAAUUAUAAAACCAAAUGAUAACUACGAAUUCACAUUUUAUGUUGCUGCAUCAUCAUCAAAAACCAACCAGUUUAAAUCUUUUGUUGAAAGAGUAGACCUAAAAUCCUUUGAAUACAAAGAUGAUGUCCCAAAUGAAAUCGUAACAAGAACAAAAGCUCUAAUUAAUAAUAAAGUUAAUCCAGGCUUUUUAAUGGACAAAUUAGUGGUCAAAAUAGAAAAAUUCACAACAAAUAUUGUUAUUGAUAAUAUUCAAAUUAAUUUAUUAAACAAUAUUGAUAAAAAUAUUCCAUCAUUCCCCCAGUUAUAA